AUGAACGUGGUGCUUAAGUGGGUGCUGUACCACACCGUGUCUGGAGCGUAUUAUUCGACGAAUCUGGCAAUCGCGUACGGGCCCCUGCCACAGUGGAGGUCGUUUUCACUGCUGUCCUUGGCGUCCAUGUGCCGACCGGAGUACUACCUAGUGGCUGGGGACACGUUGCACACGGCCUGCAAGCCUCCCAAUCCCCGUUGCCGAAUUCGUGACAGUGGAGUUACCGCAAGAGAGAGGCAGCUUAUUCUAAAGAUGCACAACAGGGUCCGAAGUAAGGUGGCAUUUGGUCUUCUUCCCGGAUUCCCACCGGCGGCUAAUAUGCGGAAGCUGUACUGGAAUGCUGAACUUGCCUAUGUGGCCCAGGCGCACGCCAAUCAGUGCACUUCUGAGUGGGCGCAGAAACACGACCAACCCAGUGCGAGGAAGACGGUGAACUUUGACACCGUGGGCCAGAACGCAGUCUGGGAGGCCUUCAACUACGACCAGAGCAAGCGCUCGUGGCGAGUGCAGAUCGACAACUGGAUCGCCGAGCACGCGCACUGUCCGGCCGACAGAAUAGCCUACUUCCGGGACCGGGACGAUGGCGUGCGCAUCGGUCACUUCACUGAGGUGAAGUUCUGGCACAAUCAAAAAGGAGCAGUAAUUGCUCGCAGCCUUCUGAAUGUUCAGAUAUUAAAGCUUGUUGACAGGCAAGAGCUUAUUUGGGCUGACACACAGUACGUCGGCUGCGGUUACUCGUACUACACUCUGGACGGCGUCGAAGGCGACAAGAAAUACCAAGGCUUCUACGUGUGUAACUACGCCCCCACGUACGUCUGUCUGUUCGCAUCUGUUCGCAUGCUCGGCGUAUAUAGGGUGUCCCAGCUAACGUUAGCCUAG